AUGAGCAGUCCUCAGCCUUUGGAGGAGGAGACAUACGACAUGUCGGGUGCCCGUCUGGCCCUGACACUGUGUGUCACCAAAGCCCGGGAAGGUUCCGAGGCAGAUCUGGAUGCCCUGGAACGCAUGUUCCAGCAGCUGGGGUUUGAGAGCACCAUGAAGAGAGACCCUACCGCCCAGCAAUUCCAGGAAGAGUUGGAAAAAUUCCAACAAGCCAUCGACGCCCGAGAAGACUUUGUCAGCUGUGCCUUCGUGGUUCUCAUGGCACACGGAUUAGAAGGGCGCCUCAAAGGGAAGGAUGAGAGGAUGGUGGAGCUGGAGGACCUCUUCCAGGCUCUGAACAACAAGAACUGCCGGGCCCUGAGAGCCAAGCCUAAGGUGUACAUCGUGCAGGCUUGUCGAGGAGAACAAAGGGACCCUGGUGAACCAGUCGCUGGAGGGGAUCUUGUGAUGAUCACAGAAAAUACUCCUGAAACCAUCCCAACGUACACAGACACCCUCCAUGUCUUCUCCACCAUAGAGGGGUACAUUGCCUACAGACACGACCAGGAGGGCUCCUACUUCAUCCAGACUCUGGUUGAUGUGUUCGUCAAUAAGAGAGGACCCAUCCUGGAGCUUCUGACAGAGGUGACCCGGAGGAUGGCAGAAGCAGAGAUGAUUCAAGAAGGGGAAGCAAGGAAAGUGAAUCCUGAAAUCCAAAGCACUCUUCGGAAACGACUCUAUCUGCAGUAG